AUGUGGCAGUUUGCUAACGAGGUGACGCCCUGCCCGGGCAGCACAUUGUCAGGGGGAAGAGGAAGCCGAGACAGGCCGAGGGAGAGGUUUCCCAUCUUUUCUGUCCUACCAGCCAUGGAUAGGAAGCAGAAGCAAGCAGAGAAGGCCAGGCCCCCGGGCUUGCUGAAGCCGACGGCUUUAGGCAAGAUCCCUGGCAGAUUCCAGCUCCAUCAGGAGGCGCUGCCCCACCUGCCGGUGCCGCCGCUGCAGCAGACACUGGACCGGUACCUGCUGGCCCUGCAGCCCAUCAUCAGCCCGGAGGAGCUGAACCACACGCAGGAGCUGGUGGCCGAGUUCCGCAAGCCGGGAGGCGUCGGGGAGAGGCUGCAGAAAGGCCUGGAGAUGAGAGCCAAGAAAACAGAGAACUGGCUCUCAGACUGGUGGCUGAAGACAGCUUACCUGGAGUAUCGCCUGCCAGUUGUGGUCCACUCCAGCCCAGGUGUGGUUUUGCCCAAGCAGGAUUUUCUGGAUCGACAAGGUCAGCUCAGGUUUGCUGCCAAGCUGAUCGAGGGCAUCCUGGAUUUCAAGACCAUGAUUGACAAUGAGACCCUCCCAGUGGAGUACCUGGGUGGGAAGCCCCUCUGCAUGAACCAGUACUACCAGAUCCUCUCCUCCUGCCGCAUUCCUGGCCCCAAGAGGGACUCCAUUGUCAACUAUGCCCAAGGCAAGAAGCAGUCCAGGCACAUCACAGUGGUUCACAACUUCCAGUUCUUUGAGCUGGACGUUUACAACAGUGAUGGGACUCCCCUCACCACUGACCAGCUCUUCAUUCAGCUGGAGAAGAUAUGGAACACCUCCCUCCAAACAAACAAAGAACCUAUUGGGAUCCUCACCACCAACCACAGAAACAGCUGGGCAAAAGCCUACAACAACCUUCUGAAAGAUAAGACCAACAAAGAGUCGGUGCGUACGAUUGAGAAGAGCAUUUGCACAGUCUGCCUGGAUGCCCCCAUGCCCCGGGUGUCUGAGGACAUCUACAGGAGCCGGGUGGCUGCUCAGAUGCUGCACGGAGGUGGCAGCCGCUGGAACAGCGGGAACCGGUGGUUCGACAAAACCCUUCAGUUCAUCAUUGCUGAAGAUGGCUCCUGUGGUCUUGUGUAUGAGCAUGCUCCUGCAGAGGGCCCACCCAUUGUUGCUCUUCUGGAUCACAUUGUGGAGUACACGAAGAAGCCUGAGCUGGUGAGAUCACCCAUGUUUCCUUUGCCAAUGCCCAAAAAACUGCGGUUUAACAUCACCCCAGAAAUCAAGAAUGACAUAGAGAAGGCAAAGCAGAACCUCAACAUAAUGGUUGAAGACCUGGAUGUCAAAGUCAGUGUCUUUCAUCAAUUUGGGAAAAACUUCCCCAAGUCAGAGAAGAUAAGUCCUGAUGCCUUCAUCCAGCUGGCCUUGCAGCUGGCAUAUUACAGGAUGUACGGCCACGCCUGCGCCACGUACGAGAGCGCGUCGCUCCGGAUGUUCCGCCUGGGCCGCACAGACACCAUCCGCUCCACCUCCAUGGACUCCCUGAAGUUUGUGCAGUCCAUGGACAGCCCUGACAAAUCGGACCAGGAGAAAGCAGACUUGCUGAGGAGAGCUACCCAGGCCCACAGGGAAUACACUGAUAUGGCAAUAAGGGGCAAUGCAAUAGACCGUCAUCUCUUGGGCUUGAAGCUUCAGGCUAUUGAGGACCUAGUGAGCAUGCCUGAGCUCUUCAUGGACACAGCCUAUGCUGUGGCAACGCACUUCAACCUCUCAACCAGUCAGGUCCCAGCAAAGACAGACUGUGUGAUGUGUUUUGGUCCCGUGGUUCCAGAUGGCUAUGGAAUUUGUUACAACCCCAUGGAUGAACACAUCAACUUUGCAAUUUCAGCAUUCAACAGCUGCGCCGACACCAACGCAGCCCGCAUGGCGCAUUAUCUUGAGAAAGCACUGCUGGACAUGAGGACCUUGCUGGAGUCCACUCCCAAAUCCAAGCUGUGA